CUGGCUCGGGCAUGAGCAAAAAGAUGUGGAUAUUCCUCUGCGCAUCGAAGCCUACCUUUUCCGUAGCCCGAUUCUACGAAUAGUCUGGCUUUUUCUGCACCCAAUCAUCCAUUCAGUGCGCCCAUUCAUUAAGUCACCAAAGCCGAUCUUGCUCUGGGAGCUAAUCAACUUCGCCGUUCAGUUGCCAUUUUCAGCUCUGGUUUACUGGACCUUUGGACUCUGGCCAACCGCUUAUCUGCUGUGCGGCACAUUACUCGGCCUGGGCCCACACCCCAUGGCUGGCCACUUCAUUAGCGAGCACUAUCUCUUCACAGACCGGCAGGCCACACACUCCUACUACGGGCCACUCAACCAUCUACUUUUCAACGUCGGCUACCACGUCGAGCAUCAUGACUUCCCCUAUAUUCCGCACACCCGACUGCAUCUAGUCAAGGCGAUGGCCCCGGAGUUCUACGAUCAUCUGCCGUACCACACAUCAAUGUGCAAGUUACGGACAGUAGCCUAUUCCCAACGUUCACUGGAAUUCGUCACGAUAAUACGGGCUAACACGAAAACAUCUCCAAUGAGAUUUCGGGAAAUACCGAGCCAAACCACGGAGUCAUUUACCGUGUGCAGGUUUGCUGACACGCCAAAGAUGACCCCAGCUGGGAUAUAUUAA